AAAUGAUUUUUUUUUAAAGAAAACAAUUAUUUUUAAAGUAAAGUAGUUGAAAUUUUCAUGUAUCACUUUUAUAUACCACGCGAUUACUUCAGUAUUGUGAUUGGUUUAUAAAAGCAGCGCAACGUUGGCUGGGUGUUAAAAAAUUUGCUUUGAUUAAAUAAAUUGAUUGUAAUGUUGGUAUAUUAAAAAAUUAUUAAAAUUAAAUUAAUAUCGUUUAGAAAUUUCUAGAUUUCUUGACAUUCAACUUAAAAGAAUUCUACAAAAAUUUAAUUUCCCUCGAAAACCUCAAUCAAAAUUUAUUCUUUUAAUAUACAAAUAGUUUGAGUGCAUGUGCACUCAUAUAACAUACAGGUUGUGUAAAUAAUCACCUUUAAAAAAACCAUUGGCAUAAAAAUGACUUCAACAAGACUGAGGAUGACGACAGCUACGAUUCAUGAAGAAGAACAGGGCAUAACUGUAAAAAAUGGCCUUAUUGUACAUCAAAAUAAUGUCAUUAAUGGAAAAAUAGACUACUUUAAACCGGAAACGAAUGGUCACGUGCAGAUUGAAAAACACCUAGCUAAUAAUAACGAUUUGAUUGCAAAAACACUAUCAAAAGAAUCAUUUGAACGAGAAUCAUUGUUUACCUCAGCCUUAACUCACCUUGGAUUUUACAUUCUCAUGUUUCUUGGAUUUAUUAGUCAACUAUUAUUUGCUCCCAAAGUAGCACGAGAACAAAAUAGAAAGGGUUAUGCUCCACUUUAUGAAAGCUUUGAAACUUUUUAUCUACGGUAUGUAUACCGGAGAGUUAGAGAUUGUUGGAACCGGCCAAUAUGUUCGGUACCGGGUUCUAUGGUUACUUUAAAAGACCGAAUUACACGUGACUAUGGCUGGACAUUUGAAUUUACCGGAACAGAAACACCAUGUAUAAACUUGGGUUCUUACAAUUAUCUUGGAUUUGCUGAAUCAAAGGGUAAUUGUGCUGAACAAAGCAUUGAGACGCUUAAAAAAUAUGGCUGUGCUAAUUGUAGUACUCGAUUAGAACUAGGAACAAUGCCUAUUCAUCACGAGUUGGAAAGAUUAACAGCAAAAUUUCUUCAAGUUGAAGAUGCUAUAGUUUUCGGAAUGGGUUUUGCUACAAAUGCAUUAAAUAUACCAUCACUCAUUACUUCAGGAUGUUUAGUGUUGAGUGAUGAAAAAAAUCAUGCAUCUUUAAUCUUAGGAUUGCGAUUAUCAGGGGCAAUGACCAAAGUAUUUCGACAUAAUGACGUUAAACAUUUAGAAGAACGUUUGCGUGAGGCUAUAGCUUUUGGACAACCUAAAUCAGGAAAGCCAUGGAGAAAAAUAUUUAUCGUUGUCGAAGGAGUAUAUUCAAUGGAAGGUUCUAUCGUACAUCUUCCACAAAUAGUUGCUUUAAAAAAGAAAUAUAAAUCAUAUCUCUAUUUGGAUGAAGCACAUAGUAUUGGAGCAACUGGUAAAAGUGGUCGGGGAAUAUGUGAUUAUUAUGGAAUAGAUCCUAAAGAAAUUGAUAUACAUAUGGGAACUUUUACAAAGAGCUUUGGUUCAGCUGGUGGAUACAUUGCGGGUAAUAAGAUGUUAAUACGGCAUUUAAGAAUUCAUAGUCACGCACAUACUUACGCUGCUUCAAUGUCUCCACCGAUUGCUCAACAAAUAAUAACUUCAAUGAGAACUAUAAUGGGCGAAGAAGGUGGUAACGAAGGAAAAUUGAGAAUUAGUCAACUUGCCAGAAAUACAAGAUAUUUUAGACGUAGAUUGAAUCAGAUUGGAGUUAUUAUCUAUGGACACGAAGAUUCUCCAGUUGUUCCAAUGCUUGUUUAUUUAUUUUCUAAGAUCGGGGUAGUUGUUCGAACAUUGAUCAUGCGAAAUAUUGCUACUGUAGGAGUUGGUUUUCCAGCAACACCAUUGAUGGCUGGAAGAAUUCGAUUUUGUUUAUCAGCCGCCCAUACAAAAGAACAAUUAGAUUAUGUUUUAAGCAACAUUGAAGAGAUAGCAGACCAUAUUGGAUUAAAAUAUUCAAAAAAGCCAAGAGAUCCUAAUCCAAUAGAAUACUGAACUGAUGGUGAUAAUGACCAAUCAUUUUUGCAAAAAAUUGAUUAACAUAUACUUUUUACCUUUCUGAGGUAAUAAUAUAACAUAAAUCAGGGAUGAAACGAAAAGCCUUAUUAGCCACCAGAAAAGUCAUAAAGUCAGGUAUUUAUUAAUUUUUAAUAAAAUUUUUAUAUUUAUUCAAAUAAUUUUCAAUUAUUAUGUUAUUCCAUUUUUAUUAUAUUUUUUCAAUAAUAUAACUGAUUAAUUGUUAAAUAAACUAUCAUAUUUAAGUAAAAAAUUGGAUAGGAUUGUGAUAUAUUUUUUAUUCAUAAUUACUAAUUAAAAAAUAAAAAAUAUCGUUGACUAUGAUUUGGUUGCUAAAAGGAGAAUACAUAAUCAUUAAUUGAAUAAUGGCUUCAAGAGUACUAUGUUUAAAAUAUUUUCCAAAUGAAGAAUAGAUAUAACACGCAGCCUUUCUAUUAACUAUUAUAUUCAUUUGAUUUUAUAGUCAAACAAUACAUUACAUAUACGCUCACAAUGAAUUAAACUGCUCUAACAUUAAUGAAAAUCAAAUAAAACGAUCUUAAAAAGAAAUAAAUCAUUUUAAAUAAUAUAUAUUAAAAUAAAUCUGAUUGGAGUAAGAUACUUCAAUAUUAAGUAUUUUUUAAACUCUUACCGAAUCUAUCUUUGCAGUAUUGUUAAUUAUAUUAUCUACAAAUAUGUAUAGAGUUAAGCCUAAGUUACACAAAUUUGCAAAUUUCUAGGAAAGGCUAUAGUACAAAUGCUAUUAUAUUGUUGACAAGAAUGCUGUUAAAAUUAUCCUUCGUAAAAAAAAUUAGCAAUUGAUCUGUACAUUAUGUACAAUAACUUAUUUUAUAAAGAUAAUCUCUGAUAUGAAAACUUGAUUUGAAAAAAAAAAUUUCUGUCUUUGCGCACAAAUCUACAUACGCAUAUCGAAUUUUUAACAACUUAAAUCUUAAUAAUCAUUUUUUUAUAUUAGUACCAUAAAAGAAUUG